AUGACCCAAAUUUUAAGCUUUGAUGAAGACUCAAUUAUGACAUCGGAGAUUAUAGCGGUGAUUGAGUCGCGUGGUGCUCUCAUCGAGAAGCUGUUUGAUGCAUAUUCGACACGCGCUGUCUCUUUAUGGAGCAGGUGCAUGGCUAAGCUUGAAGACAUGUCUAAGCUUUGUUUCUUUAGUACCUCGGAUUCGCACGAGACUUUCGCCCGCGUGGAGAUUCUCCAACUGUUCUACGCAAUGAUGAGUGAUAGCCACCUUGCGAAUGGCCCAGCCAUGGAGCACCUUCUGACUGGUUUAGGACUCGACUAUGACGACUUUUAUGAACUUCGAUUGAGAAAACUCUUCGCUUACUACUGCACUCGGGCGGAUCGGCUCAAUGUGGGACCCAGUGCCACACUGAGUCGUGCCCAGGCUAUGCAAAUGUUAUUAGAUAUGGGUCUCUUGGACUCGGCCAGUGUUAGGCCUCACGUUGAGAUUGCUCUUGCCUCCUAUGGAAUCUAUCAUCGUCGCUUGGACUUGAACGGUCUUGUAGAGGUCCUCAAAACGAUUGUCACGCUCUUUGACACCACAAAAUAUAGUCUUGAUCUCUGUGCCGCUCUUAGGAAGCCUGUGGUACCACAAAUUUUAAAAAAUGUUGUCCUAAAACAUGCCCGCCAUGAAUGUUCUCCUAGUCUAGAAGUUCACGAAGGGCACCGGCAGCGGGCAGACUUGGGCGACAAAGUGGAUUCUGGUCGCGCGUUUCCAGGCGAUAUGUGUGCGUAUUGUCAUCAACACACACGCGAUACUUUUAAGACUGACAGAAUCAUGGGCCAGAGUGAUCAACUCAUUCAGAAUUUGUCCGCUGCGUUGUCACGAGUAUCUCCGAGGCCCUUGAAUGAACACACUAACAAGUUGCUGAUCGCGCUCCGUCCCUUGGUGAGAAGCAUGCCAACCCUGACAGGAGGGGCAGGUGAUUGCUCCGUCCGGGAUCCUGAGCAGCGCUGGUUACCCACACCCUCGCUCACCACUGCCAUAGACCCAACACCUCCACUGGUAAACACAGUUCAACCAGCUAUCAAAGCAGAGAGAAUAGUGAACGAGAAUGCAAAAUCCCGUCAGUAUCAGUUAGCAGGGCGAAUUGAAAUUUGCGGUGGAGCAGCUCGCGCGGAAGCAGCCGGAAAAAGCUGUUGGAAGCCAACUAGAGAGGAGGGUGUCAGCAAAUCUUCACGCAUCUGCGGAAAGCAGCUGCUAGUGAAAGUGCGACCAGAUACAAAAAGCCAGGCCGUCUCACCACAUUGUGUGAGGUAUCCGGCGCUGCCUCCGUUACAAGGCUGGGGUGUCAAAAGAUCUCCACGCUUGAAGGUAGUGGCCCAUAUAGAUUCACCCGGUGGGAGAGAGCAUAUCAGACGCAUGCUGUUUGCACAAUGUCAAUCAUCAAAAAGACAUGCUGAUUUGUCCUACGUGUCCAAGAGACCCGAGUAA